UUUGUUUUUCACUUUAGCAGAUGCAGAGAGAGAGAGAGAGAGAGAGAGAGCUAAACAAGAAACCCAAAAAUGGCAGCAGCAAGAAGAAUCAAUCUGAACCGUCUGUUUUCAUCACUAGCACCAUCAUCAUCAUCAAACACCAUCUCCAAAACUUGGGUCAUAGACACAACCCCCGUUAGAUCCGAAUACACGGACCGAAUCGUGAAGCUUGCAACCCAGCAGCUGCCACAAGAAAAUCAAGAUCAAGAAACUGUCAAGAAACAAGAACAGGAAGAAAUAACCCAUCAAGAUUCUCAAAAUGAAGAAGAUGAUGAAGAUGGUGGAGAGUAUGUGAAUAAAGAGACUGGUGAGAUUGGUGGGCCGAAAGGACCUGAGCCUACUCGAUUUGGUGAUUGGGAACGCAAUGGUCGUUGCUCUGAUUUUUAGAUUUCUUUUUCCCCAUGUUUUUUGUUUUUAUUAAUGCUAGUUUAAUUUUGGAUCUUGCUAAUAAUAUUGAUUGUAGUGAUUUUCUGGGUUGUAACCAUGAAUCAUCAAAGCUUACUAAAUGGGGUGUCGCUGUUGUUCAAUCUUGUUGAGUGUUAAAUGGGACAUGUGGUGUUUUUCAACUCUUUAA